AGGUGAACCAUCCGGUCACCAAUGACAUCCAGACCCGGCAGUACAGAUCACCUGAGGUCAUCAUUGGCGCUGCUUGGGACGAAACUGCCGACGUGUGGAGUGCUGCGUGCAUGUUCUUCGAACUCGCGACCGGAGAAUUCCUCUUUGACCCCAAAAAACAGAAGGGGGAUGACUGGGACCGAGAUGAAGAUCACUUGGCACUCGUCGCAGAAUUGCUGGACGGUCUGCCUGACAAGGACUUCUGCUUGUCUGGAAAGUAUUCCAAGGAUUUCUUCAACAACUCGGGCAAGCUGAAACACAUCAAGAACUUCAAGAUGUGGCCCUUGUUUGGCGUUCUCAAUGAAAAAUAUCUCUUCUCCGAAGAAGACGCCAAAGAGAUGUGCGACUUCUUGUUGCCCAUGUUGGCCUGGAAGCCAGCCGAGCGGCAAGCGGCCAGUGAGGCGUUGAAGCACUCCUGGGUGCAGCUGACCGAGGCUGAGCUGGAUGAGUACGUCAAGGCCGAGCCGCCGGAGCCGGAGGCCACGGCGCCCACGGAGGCCACGGAGGCGCCGAGCACGGCGGAGAGUCCCGAGUCGCCGGAGCAGGUCUGAUGAGCUCAGUGCUUUCUGCUAAAGCUCUGGUGUGCUCGGAAAAA